AACUUAGAAAUAGCUAGAUAUAGAACGGUAUUGAGAUAUACUUUUCAGGUCAUUUUACAGUGCUGGGAGUUUAACAGUGAGAUAUAGCUAUCUGGCAAGUUAAGUAAACUAGCCAAUGUGUAGUCUAGAAACUUUUAUUAUGUUGACGGUAGCUAGCAAGCUAGGCUAAUGUCACAGUUGAAAAAACGAAUAUAGCCUACUUAAUUGUGUUUAUCUCUUCAGAUGGCAGGGGAGCAGACACACUGUAACCAGGUUGAGCAGUUCAUUUUGCUUGCCAAAAACGCUAAAGGACCUGCUCUGAUUGCCCUAAUAAACCAAGUGCUGGAGGCCCCGGGGGUCUAUGUGUUCGGGGAAUUGUUACAGCUUCCAUGCAUUCAAAAGCUAUCUGAAGGUCCAAACGAUGGCUAUUCACAAUUGUUGAACAUGUUUGCCUACGGCACAUACCAUGAUUACAAAGCAUUGAAAAGUUCCUUACCUCCUCUUUCUGAGGCUCAGAAGAACAAGCUGAGACAACUGACUAUUAUGAUCCCUUACUCUGUGCUGCUGAGAGACCUGGAGGUAGCCAGUGUGCGGGAGCUGGAGGACCUGGUGAUUGAAGCGGUGUACGCAGAGGUCAUCCAAGGGAAGCUGGACCAGGUGAGGCAGCAGCUGGAGGUGGACGGCUGUAUCGGGAGAGACCUCCCUGUGGAAGGGGCGGCCUACAUCGCUGACACACUACAGCAGUGGUGCUGUAGCUGUGAGAGUAUCUCUGACUCCAUUGAAAAAGAGGUGGUUAGAGUGAGCCAGUGCAGGAAGAACCACCUCCAAGCCCUGCAGCAGAUACAGACUGAGAUAGGAGACAUCCGCAGACUAAUCCAGGCCAACCCCUCCACCUCCAUCCAACCCAUGGAGUCCAUCGUGGAGCAGGAGGGGGAGGGGGCCAAGGUAGGGUCAAGCUUGGGGGCCGAGCAGCGCAGACAGCCCUCCCUUGAUAUGUUCUCCAAGGGCAAGAACCCAGUCCCCCCGAGGAACUGACUUCCAGAACUGCAUCCUUAGGCCCCAAUCCAGUCCCAGACUCGUCCCCAGUCACAGGCCAAGCCUCUGGCCCAGAGACACAGAGGGCCUUUCCCUGAGCACACC